AUGGAACGUGAAGCUUUCUAUCGCCGCGCCGUCGCCGAUGCUUCCUCACUCACCCAAGCCGAAAUCAACCUGAUCUUCGGCUGGGUCUCGCCCGAAGAAGACGAACAGAUCUGCCGCGCAAACGCGAAUGGAAAAACACGCGCCGAGCUUAUCGCCAUCGCCGCGACAAAUCCAGAGCAGCUAACAAAGGUCGAAAGCGAGCUUGUCCAGCGGAGCCAGGCUCUUCUUACCGAUCUUCGGAGAGAGGCAACAAAUCCAAUCCACAACUUGCCACCUGGCUUAAAGACUUUGGACGAGUUGGCCGCCCGCGCCCAAAUUGUCAUGGAAGAGGCUCUUAGUUGGAACCGGGACCCUUUGCGUGAGGAGGCCUAUCAGGCUGUUUGGAAUGCGCUUGACGACCAGGAAAGGCGUGCGAUUAUUGCGGCGCAGAAUCGGCUUAUGCAGAUCAUGGAUGAGGAAUUGGCUGAGGAAGAGCGUAAAUAUCCACGCAGGAUGCAGCAACCCGAGCUUCCAGAGGGAUAUGUGAGAGAUUAA